GGAAGAGAAGGAGGUCGCGCGCGCGCGCCGGUCCGCAACAGCAGCAAGCAGAUGUUGAGGCUCAGAGCGCAACAGGCGCGUGAACAGACACACACGCACACAUACACGCGUACACGCUCGCGCGCGCUGAAAACUUUUGGAAGAAAUGAAACGAAGCGCAACAAGGACUGUUUGAUCUUGCUUUGAACUUUUAAAUACUGAUAGGAUUGAAAAUAAUAAUAAUAAUUAUUAUUAUUUUAAUAAUUAUAAAAACAACAACAUUCGGAAUAAUGACUACAGAGGGACAGAGCCCGAGGAUCUCCCCGUGGCGCGUGCUGCUGUGCGCGCUCGGCUGCGCGUGCUACUUGCUGAACUCAGCGGACUGCUAUAAUUUAGACGUGGAUAACUCGGUGCACUUUGGAGGACCCAAUGCAUCUUUAUUCGGCUACUCGGUUCUGCUCCAUAAACACCAGCAAAGCGCCUGGUUGCUUGUUGGAGCCCCGGUUGCCGAGUCCACGUUUUACUCCAACAUUCAAAAACCUGGCGCCAUUUACAAGUGUGAUGUUUUAAAAAACCAGUGUACACAGCUCCCAACUGGUGUGGACAAGUGUGGGAAAACAUGCCAGUCUGAAAGCGAUAACCAGUGGCUCGGAGUCAGCCUUUCGAGAAGGCCAUCCAAUGGUGAUAUUCUGGCGUGUGGACAUCGCUGGAAGAACGUCUUCUUUUCGCAAAAAGACAAUCAAAACAAGCUGCCGCAUGGGGUGUGCUUCAAGCUCAGCUCCGAUUUUAGCCACUCAACCCAAUACAUCCCCUGCUAUAGAGAUCAUCAGAGGAAGUUCGGUGAAGACUACGGAUCCUGCCAAGCCGGGAUUUCAAAUUUCCUUACAGAGGAUCUGAUGAUAAUGGGAGCUCCUGGGAGCUCUUACUGGACCGGCUCUGUUCUGGUUUACAACGUUUCCAGUAAGACCUUAGCUGCCUACUUGGAUGAUGAGAACACUGUGCUCUAUGGCAGCUAUCUUGGUUACUCUGUAAGUGCUGGUCACUUUCUUCACCCAUACAGUAUGGAGAUCGUGGGUGGUGCACCCCAACAUAGUCAGACUGGCAAAGUUUACAUUUUCACAAUGGAGGGAAAUACACUAACAAUCCUGAAUGAAACCAGCGGCUCUCAGUUGGGCUCGUACUAUGGCGCGAGCGUGUGUGCGGUCGACCUGAAUGCCGACGGACUCUCUGAUCUGCUGGUCGGGGCACCGAUGUUCAGCACCGUGAGAGAGGAGGGGCGUGUUUACGUCUACAUUAACCAAGGCCAGGUGAACAUGAAAGAAGCAGAGUUCAUGCUGAUGGGCAGCGAUUCUUACGCAGCUCGGUUCGGAGAGACCAUCGCUGACCUCGGGGACAUCGAUGAUGACGGCUAUCCAGACGUGGCCAUCGGAGCACCACAGGAGGAAGAGCUGCGUGGAGCUGUUUAUAUCUACAAUGGCAGAAUGAGCGGUAUAAUGUCCAGGUUCUCACAAAGGAUAACAGGCUCAGAUCUCGGCCGUAGCCUCAGCAUGUUCGGACAGUCCAUUUCUGGAGGCAUCGACGCCGAUGGAAACGGCUACCCCGACAUCGCAGUGGGAGCUUUUCUGUCCGAUGCCGCAAUGGUGAUCCGGACUCGUCCGGUGGUGACGGUGGAGGCGUCGUUGUUUCUGCCGGUCAGCGUGAAUCGAUCGGUGACCACUUGUACUGAAAACGGUGUUCCUGCUGUGUGUGUGGAGGUCAGCGUGUGUUUCAAGGUCCAAGGAAAAGCCAUACCUGGACUUAUAGAGCUGAAGUACAACCUCAGUGCAGAUGUAAAGCACAAGGAAGGCUUCCCAUUCCGCUUCUACUUCCACUCCAACGGCACGUCCAACGUCACAGCGGGACGCGUCAGGGCCAAACACGGAGAGACGACCUGCAACAAGCACUCGGCCUACAUGAGGAAGGAUGUGCGUGAUAUUUUCACGCCUCUCUAUUUCGAUGUUCGGUAUGACCUGGGUGAGCACAGCGUCGAGGGCAGAGCCUCCAGCAGCCUUACUCCACUCAAAGCUGUUUUACAGCAAAGAGACGGACAAACAAACCGAGUCAUGAACCAGACUCAGUUUGCCAGAUACUGCGCUUGGGAAAACUGCUCCACAAACCUGCAGGUUUUUGCACAUCUGGUGCUUCCACAGUCUUACAACAACAUGCCGUUCUUUGCGCUGGGAAACGGGAAGACCAUCAUGCUGAACACCACACUGGUCAAUGUCGGAGACGACGCCUUUCUUCCUAAACUGCAUGUCCGAUUCCCCAACAAUCUUCACUUUAUCAGAGUUCUGGAUGCAGAGGAGAAACAUGUGAGCUGUGAGAUCAUCGAGGAAGAGAAAGCAAACACCUCUCUGGAGUGCAGCGUGGGGAAUCUCUACAUCCCUGCUCUGUCGAAGCUCAACGUCAGCUUUCUUCUGGACGUCAAUCAAAACAGCAGCGCAGGUGAUCUGAACAUCAGCAUCAACGCCACAAGAGAAAACUAUGAAAACAAGGACCUUCUCCACGAUAAUGUGGCCUACCUGACUCUACCGCUGAGAUACGGCGUGGAUUUCAACGUCCAUGGAUAUGUGACUCCGACAUCAUUCGUAUUUGGGGACCCUGAUCUGCUGCCAGUUGACUGCUACCAUCAGAAGAUUAAUUACACAUUUAAGGUGAUGAACCUCGGUCCCAGUAAAGCUCUCGAUGCCAAAGUGGAAAUAGCCAUCCCCCAGGUUCUGGUUCCGCAUCCAGAUCGACUGAUCCGAGUCACGGAUUUACAGACAACUCAAGGCCAGUGCCACGUGAAGAACAGCAGCUGGCCUCUGAAGGACGACUGCAACGUUGAUAAAGCUCCCUUUUAUAAAGACCUGGUGUUCUACCUGUCUAAGAUCUCCAAGCGUGUAAUGUUUUGUUCUCGAGCGGACGGAACCUGCCUGACUGUCCAGUGCAACUUUGGCAACAUGAACAUGGGCAAAGAGGUCACCAUCAAUAUUGAGGUGGAGCUCAACCCUGCUGUUCUUCAGAUCAGCCCCGGGAGACACGCUAUAAUGCAGAUGGACAGCAUCAUUUCGGUCACGUCUCCAGUCAGGGAUAACAACACCAUCAUGGUGAAUGAUGACAUCAGUGCACUUGUGAAGCUAGAAGCUCACAACAGCCUGAAGUUGCCACCGAUAGUGGCACAGAUAAUCAUCGCGUUCAGUUUGUUUCUGGGCCUGGCCAUCUUCGGCAUCCUGGUCUUCUGCCUCUGGAAGGCUGGCUUCUUUAAGCGGAGAUUGAAAGAGAAGCAUGAGAAGGUUGAACGGGAUAGCUGGGACUACGUCCCAAAGAACGAGAGCUUUUCAUAAAACACAGAAGAACUUCUGAUAGUGAAGACGUCAAGGGAGACGAAACAGAAAUAAUACGGAUAGAAACAGAACAUGAACUUUAUGCAGUGUGGACUUGAUGAUCCAGACUCGGAGCUGGAUCUACAGUACGUGUCUGUGCGGUUUGUUUGGAGUCUGCACCAGCGGGACUGUAAUCAGGACCAAACCAAAUGCACUUUUUGGCAGAGGGAGAGCUGAACUGCACAUGCAUGAGAAACUGACAUUUUUCAUCCCGAGUGAACGGGACGGGUUCGGACGGACAGUAUUAGAACCCAACGUCUAAGAACACAGCUACCGCUGUAGAGUGUCUGCUGUAAACCCGAAAAACUGCCACCGCUGAGCAGUGGUUCAGUCCAGACCCGGGCAUAAGAGUUCCCCUAUGGACCCGGGCACACAACAAACCGGGUUUGUGCAGAAGGGAAAUCCUCUGCUGUCCCUGUCUCGUUUCAUCACUUUCUUCUCUCUCUCCUUCCACCAGUUUUUUUUUUUUUUUUUUGCAUCCAGCUUUCAUAUAUGCUUCCUCUCCCUUCCAGUACUUCCAAUCCUUUCCUUUGUCUCUCUCCUGUGUCUGUCUCCUGCUGUUGGGUGUAAUGGUUAAGAGUUUGCAUGGAGACGGCGAGGAGACACCAGAUGGAAGGAGUGAGUGUGUGUUGGCCCACAGCCACUAAAACUGCACUGGAGACGAAUGACGAGACUGAUGCGUGCCUGGCACACGGCCAGAGCGCGUGAGAGAGAGAGAGAGAGAGAGAGAGAGUCAAAAUAGAGAGUUGAAUGAAUUACACGCUGCUGCGUGUCUCAUUUUUCCCAUCGAAUGGCCGUUGUAAAGUGUGUGUGUGUGUGUGUGUGUGAGUGAGUGUAUGAGUGCGUGAGUGUGUUGCUGUUCAGGGAGUCACACGCAGAGGCACAUUCCAUUUCUGUUUUAAAUCACUGUGUUUAUUAUAAGGAUGAAUAAAACUGUGUACCUUUUUUUUUUGUUUGUUUUCAGAGUGUAAACUCUGUAAAGAGCUGAUAUGGUGUGUUUGCAUGUGUGUGUGUGUGUGUGUGUGUAUGCGUGUAAAGAGGCAUUUUGUCCCUGCAUGUCCUCUGCUGUUAUUUAAGUACUAAUGCACUGGACUGUACUGUGUGUAACGUGUGUGUGUUUUAAACUAAAUGACUUUUCUAUGUAUUGAUGAGCUCUGAGUCAGUCUGUCUACGCCUUGUGUCUCAGUCUCAGUCGCAGCAUCGGAACGGGAGACGUCCCUGUCUCUUUUUUGUUCGCUAUCGCUCACUAGUUGAUCGGAUUACCUGAGUAUGGAUUAAGUUAGUUCAACUAAAACUAACAAACCGCUACACUACUGCUCACUGAUCUAGUUUCGUUUUUAAACAAGCAGAGAAAAAAAAAAAUACAGUAUUCCAGUCCUAAAUUCCCUUUCCACUCAUCCUGAGAUGGAACUGCAGUAUGCCAGUUGGACAGUUCGGUCAAAAUACGCUAUAACUAAACGGACAGGUUUUUACCUCCGACGUCCAGGAAUGCUCCCUAAAAAUGCAGCCUACCUAGGGAGCUAGUCUGAGAUUGGAUCAUGAUGCAGAUGAUUAAAUGCAGCUGCAGUUAACAGGCGGCUCGUCUGCUUCCUCGACGUCUGCGCCGAACAGCGUGAGGAGGUUAGGAUGAACCCUGUGGAACCCAGAGUGCAGUCAGCUCGCACGCACAUGCAUGCAUGCACACACAAACACACACACACACGCAUACUUCUGAGGACCUUCCGCUCAUAUUAUUGCCUUGCCUACACCUAAAAGUUAACCUCAGUAAUAAAAAAAAGGAAACAUUAUUAUUUAACAAAAAGCUCCAAAAUGUGAUAAAUCUGUUUGUUCGAGCUGAGGGGUUUCCAUGGCAUUUCGAUAAUAUUUAUCGUCAAAUUGUCAGUAACUACGGUGAACAUGUGGACGAUUUGAACUCUGUGUCUAUUUCCUUGUACUGUAUUUGUAUGAAAUACAAACAACAAUCUUUAA